ACUAACCCCUUUUUCUCUCUACUCUUUCUCACCGAGUCACUCAUCAAACACCUUCCAAAAAUGGCCAAAGUUGGAAGACUAACAAAGCUCAAGUCAGCGAUCAAAAGGUGGCCCUCAUUGACCAAACUCAGCCGCAACAACAGCACUGCCUCCUCCAACAAAGAAGCCACUUACUCCUCCAAAGAACAUGAACAUGAACAUGAACAAGAUCUUCAUGCGGUCUAUGUUGGCAAGUCUCGAAGGAGGUACCUCGUAAACUCCGAAGUCAUUGAUCAUCCUGUGUUUCAAGAGCUAGUGGAUAAGUCGUCUUCUAAUGGAUGUAAUGAUGGAGUUGUGGUUUCUUGUGAGGUGGUUCUGUUUGAGCACUUGUUGUGGAUGCUUGAGAGUGCUGAGACUGAGACCCAGUUGGGGUCCAUGGAUGAGCUGGUUGAGUUCUACUCCUGUGCAUGCUGAUGCACUUGCUGACACACCUAGUAACUGACUUUAGUUGUUUUUCAUGUGGUGACAGAAGAAGAAAACAAAACCAUUUGUGACUUUGUUAAUUCAGAUUGAUCAAAUGUUAUAUAUAUAAAUAUUGUUAUUAAUUGCAGUGAACAUCUUAUGGCGAUUAAUUAACAUGGAUGUGCUAUUCUUCAUGCUUCCUUUGAGGUGAAUCUAAUGCGAAUUCAUAUCUCCUGUCUCGUUUACCUGUGUUUUUCCUUGUCUCUUUCAUUAAAAAUGACACUUCAUCAAAAGUUAAACUAACAACUAAUUAAUCAUCACUUAAUGAGAGAGAAAAUUUUCUUGUAGAUGCAAUAUAUAUUAACGAAAAUGUUAACACUUAAAAAAUAGUAAGUUUUUAUUAAAAAAAAUUAUUAUAGUUUUAUAAUUUUAAUGUGUGCAUGUAUUAUUUUUAAGGUCUUAAAUUUAAUUUUAAAGUUUGAAGCUAACAAACUAUAUAUAUUUUAAUCAGAAAAACAAGGAAGGGGACAUAUGAUUUCAUCUUAUUGAUACGCAUCAUAGGAGAGGAAUUAUUAGUAUGUCAUGUCGAAGAUUGUUGAGAGAAUCCGGCAAUAUGGUCAAGAGUAUAUGGUGGGUUGGAUUUUGGUAGAGGUAUAACUCCAAGUUGCUGGUUGCUUGUGGGCAACGAGAUACAUGAGGAUUAUUGAUGUUGAUGUUAAGUGAGUAAUUAUUGUAAACAUGGUACUUAUCAUAAUGUUUAUCCUUUGAAUUUCUAAUGAAAGUGGCCGACA